CUAUAGCGGCAGAUAGGAAACCCCAGCCUGAGGCUCGGGGGCCAGGGGGCCAGGAGGGAGGGCAGUGAGGGUCAGAGGCCAGGCCUGCCUGGCUCCUGUUGCUGGGAGGUCAGGGGAGAUAAGAACAAUGACUCUGGCCCUCAGGAGGAAGGCGGUCCCGCUGCCACCUUCGCUGCCACCUUCGCUCUGCUGCUCUGCAGGCUGCCAGUGCCCAGAGCGUGUCCUCUGGAGAAGAUUUUGAAGGCAGCCCUUGUGCCAACGGCCACCAACCAUCAUCUGAAGAAGGGGAAUUUGGCAAAUGAUAUGCAGGUUUUCCAAGACUGAGUCAUUACAGAAAACCUUCAAAGGACCCCAUCUACAGAUGUUCUGAACACCUCUGAGUAGAGACAUUGAUUUUUCCACCAGGAUACCUAAGUCAAGUCCUGCAGAAGCCAGGAGGCUGGGACGCUGUGCCGCUUGCGACAGCGGACCACACAGAAUGAAGCGCUUCUGCUGGGCUCUGGUUCUGGCUGUGCUGGGCGCAGAGCUGCUGGGGAGCCUCGGAUCCACGGUCAGGUCCCCGAGGUUCCGAAGACGGAUACCGCAGGAGCGGAAGAACAUCCGGCCCAACAUUAUCCUUGUGCUCACCGACGACCAGGAUGUGGAGCUGGGGUCCCUGCAAGUCAUGAACAAAACGAGAAAGAUUAUGGAACAUGGGGGGGCCACUUUCACCAACGCCUUUGUGACCACGCCCAUGUGCUGCCCCUCCCGGUCCUCCAUGCUCACUGGGAAGUAUGUGCACAACCACAAUGUCUACACCAACAACGAGAACUGCUCUUCACCCUCGUGGCAGGCGAUGCAUGAACCUCGGACUUUUGCUGUGUAUCUCAACAACACUGGCUACAGAACAGCCUUUUUUGGAAAAUACCUCAAUGAAUAUAAUGGCAGCUACAUCCCUCCUGGGUGGCGAGAAUGGCUUGGAUUAAUCAAGAAUUCUCGUUUCUAUAAUUACACUGUUUGUCGCAACGGCAUCAAAGAAAAGCACGGAUUUGAUUAUGCAAAGGACUACUUCACAGACUUAAUCACUAACGAGAGCAUUAAUUACUUCAAAAUGUCUAAGAGAAUGUAUCCCCAUAGGCCCAUUAUGAUGGUGAUCAGCCACGCCGCGCCCCACGGCCCCGAGGACUCGGCCCCACAGUUUUCAAAACUGUACCCCAAUGCUUCCCAACACAUAACUCCUAGUUAUAACUAUGCACCAAAUAUGGAUAAACACUGGAUUAUGCAGUACACGGGACCCAUGCUGCCCAUCCACAUGGAAUUUACAAACGUUCUACAUCGCAAAAGGCUUCAGACUUUGAUGUCAGUGGAUGACUCUGUGGAAAGGCUGUAUAACAUGCUGGUGGAAACCGGGGAGCUGGAGAACACGUACAUCAUCUACACGGCCGACCACGGGUACCACAUUGGGCAGUUCGGACUGGUCAAGGGGAAGUCCAUGCCAUAUGACUUUGAUAUCCGAGUGCCUUUCUUUAUUCGUGGGCCAAGUGUAGAACCCGGAUCAAUAGUCCCACAGAUCGUCCUAAACAUUGACCUGGCCCCUACGAUCCUGGACAUCGCUGGACUCGACCCACCUCCCGAUGUGGACGGCAAGUCUGUCCUCAAACUUCUGGACCUGGAAAAGCCAGGAAACAGGUUUCGAACAAACAAGAAGGCCAAAAUUUGGCGUGAUACAUUCCUCGUGGAAAGAGGGAAAUUUCUACGUAAGAAAGAAGAAUCCAACAAGAAUAUCCAACAGUCAAAUCACUUGCCCAAAUACGAGAGGGUCAAAGAACUGUGCCAGCAGGCCAGGUACCAGACAGCUUGUGAACAACCGGGACAGAAGUGGCAGUGCAUCGAGGACACGGCGGGCAAGCUCCGGAUCCACAAGUGCAAAGGAGCCGGGGACCUGCUCGCCGCCCGGCAGAGCACGCGCAACCUCUACCCCCGCGGCUUCCAGGACAAGGACAAGGACAAGGACAAGGAGUGCCACUGCGGGGAGGCCGCCUACCGCGCCGGCCGCGGCCAGAGGAAGGGCCAGCGGCAGUUCCUGAGGAGCCAGGGCGCGCCAAAGUACAAGCCCAGGUUUGUCCACACUCGGCAGACACGGUCCUUGUCCGUGGAAUUUGAAGGCGAAGUCUACGACAUAAACCUGGAAGAAGAGGAGCUGCAAGUGUUGCAGCCGAGAAGCAUUGCCAAGCGUCAUGACGAAGGCCACAAGGGGCCAGGAGGUCGCCAAGCUGCCAACGGUGGCAACGGGGACGCCAUGCUGGCCACCAGUGGCAAUGCUGUGGGCCUGCCCACCACCGUCCGAGUGACCCACAAGUGCUUUAUUCUUCCAAACGAUACCAUCCAUUGUGAGAGAGAACUCUAUCAGUCAGCCAGAGCGUGGAAGGACCACAAGGCAUACAUUGACAAAGAGAUUGAAGCUCUGCAGGAUAAAAUUAAGAAUUUAAGAGAAGUGAGAGGGCACUUGAAGAGGAGGAAGCCCGAGGAGUGUGUCUGCAGUAAACAGAGCUACUACAAUAAAGAAAAAGGUGUAAAAAAGCAAGAGAAAUUAAAGAGCCAUCUCCACCCAUUCAAGGAGGCCGCUCAAGAAGUGGACAGCAAGCUGCAGCUUUUCAAGGAGAACCGGAGGAGGAGGAAGGAGAGGAAGGAGAAGAAGCGCCAGAGGAAGGGGGAGGAGUGCAGCCUUCCCGGCCUGACCUGCUUCACUCACGACAACAACCACUGGCAGACGGCCCCCUUCUGGAACCUGGGCUCUUUCUGCGCUUGCACGAGUUCUAACAACAACACCUACUGGUGUUUGCGGACAGUUAAUGAGACGCAUAAUUUUCUUUUCUGCGAGUUCGCCACUGGCUUUUUGGAGUAUUUUGAUAUGAAUACAGAUCCUUAUCAGCUCACGAACACGGUGCACACGGUGGAGCGGGGCAUUUUGAAUCAGCUGCACGUCCAGCUCAUGGAACUCAGAAGCUGCCAAGGGUAUAAGCAGUGCAACCCAAGACCUAAGGGCCUUGACGUGGAGGACAGUUAUGGGACGGAUGGGAAGGUUAGCCUUCCCAGUCCCACUGCAGACAGCGGCGGGCAAGGCCUGGAGGGUUUAUACAGCAUAAAGGAAAGCAUCUAUGAGCACAGACAGAACUACAGACUUAGUCUGGUUGACUGGACUACUUACUUGGAGGAUGUAGAUAGAGUAUUUGCACUGCUGAACAGUCACCACGAGCAAAAGAAAACAAAUAAGACAACUGCUCGAAGUGAUGGGUUCCUGGCUGGACCUGCUGAGCCCUCUGUGCCGGUAGAGAUGGCCUCUGCUGAGUCGGAUGAAGACCCAAGCCCUACGGUUGAGGAAGCCCCUCAUUUGACAUUGCCAGCCGACCUUCAAACCCUGCAUUUGAACCGACCAACAUUCAGUCCGGAGAGUAAACUUGAAUGGAAUAACGACAUUCCAGAAGUUAGUCGUUUGAAUUCUGAACACUGGAGAAAUCAUAAAACUGACCAAUGGACGGAGCAUGAAGAGGUGAGUCAUCCUGAACUUGACCUCAGUGGUGGUGACAUGCCAGAGCUGGUGUUCAAACUCGACCCCAGGCUGCAGCCCAUCAGCAGGCGCCAGAAAGGCCUUCCCCAGGAUGGCGGUCUGGGAGAAGAUGUCUCCGAAGAUCAGCUGUAUCUUCCUGGGCAUUCUGACCCAGAUUCCACUCCUCAGACGAUCCAAGUGUCCACCUCGGAGCAGCCUAGUAACACCAGCGGCAUGGAGAGCAUGUCGAACGAGGUGGAGAAAAGUCACAGAAGGGAGACUGAUUAGACAAAAUUGUUACCUUACCCUAAACACAGUAUUAACUUUUUAUCAGUAAACUAAUAAAGGCAAUCAAGACAACCAACAUUCCAAGCUACCCUAGGUACCUGCCUGCAGCAGACGUCAGUGCGCAUGCGAGCGGACGCACAAGGAACCGGUGCUGUAAUUCACUGUGUGUCAAGGUGAGAAAGAAAGGUAAUUUGUGGAUUUUUGUUGGUUUAGUGGAUACUAAAGCAGUGUUAACUUCGGAAAGUUGUAGAGACCUGCGUAUACAAAUGCUAUCCACCACGAUGGCUAGAAUUGUGCCUUCCUGCAUUUCUGAAACUGGAUGUCCUCGGUGAAACUUUCAACACACUUCCCACUGCCUGCAUCAUGUGGUUUGGACUCAUUUUUAACCACUGGAAUUUUUCAAUGCCAUCACUUUUAGGUCAAUGAUUUUGCACUUUGAGAUCUAAAAGCCAUGUCUGUUUGGCUAGUCUUUUUUUUUUUUUUUUUUUUACAGGCUUGUCACAUUCUCACUGCUUGCUCUCAGUGUGACAAAUUAAAAUAGAUCCCCAAGGAUGACACACAGUAUGGAUCCCAUAUUGUUUAACAUACGCUUUUGCCAGAAAAUAUUGCAUGUGGUUUCCCUUGACUUGCUAAAACUGAUUAGCAGAAAGGCAUGGCUAAUGUUAGCGGCAAAAAUAAAUAAGCAAAACAAAGAUCACUUGCUCUCUCUGUGCCUAGCCUCAAAGUGUUCAUCAUAUACUUGAGAUAGCUAAAUUUUCAUUUUCUUAACAGGAUAAAAGGACUAAAGAUUCCCCUCCAUCUUUGUUUUCUUGGCCUGGCUAAUAAGCUUAAGUGUUGAGAAAAUAUAUCUUGUUUUGAAUUUAUAUACGGAAUUUUUCCAAUAAAACAUACUCAUGAAUGUUUCAUAAUUUAAACACAUAUAUUGUAUGAUUAAGACCUUCACCAAGUUCUGAUUUUUUAAAGGCAUAGUUCAAAACGUGUUCUUGAAAACAUUCUUAUUAUGUAUUAGAUUUUUUAAAGACCAGCAAAAGGAUUACCUCAUUGAAAGUUAUCAGUAUCCUAAUCAACUUCCCAGUAAUAGCUUAACAGUGAUUUUCCUUUUAGAUAAGUCAAACACAUAGGUAAAUUAUGUUUUCUUUAUGUGUUUAAGGUAAACUCUUUUAAAGAUAAUUUACAAUGGUAUAGCUGAAUCUUCGAUAAGUCCUUAUUGUAGACUCUGUACAUAUGUUAAAAUUCACUAGCUCUUUAUCAGAUGUGUGUGCCACCGGCUGAAUGACAGAGGAAACAUAUUUAUGGUCACGAAUGAUAUGCUUUGUAAAAAGGCUUCAAGUUAUUAAGAAGCAUACCGUGUUGUUUUUUUAAAUCUUGUGUAAUAUUCUGUAAUACUUUUAUAGAACAAUUCUGGCUUCAGGAAAGUCUAGAAGCAUUAUUUCUUGAAAUAAAAGGUGUUUAAACUUUA